AUGGGGGAUAAGUCACAGAUGAUGGGUGUCCUGGAAGUUGGGGUCAUCCAAGGCCUGCUGGUUGGUGCCACACCUGUGCUGAGUGAGUGCAUCCGGCAUGUACCAGGUGGAAGCAGGUCUCUCACUGGCCUUUUCCUACAGGUGGCUGCAUUCUUGGCAAUGGUCAUGGGAACCCACACCCUCCAGGGGCGGCUUCAGAGGGACUGUAGCCAUCAGCCCAACUGCUGCCCCAGCAAAGGGCAGGACCUGCCUGAAGAGUGGCUGAAGUGGAGCACUAUGCUUGUCUCUCCCCCAGAGCCUGCCAGCCUCACCUCCCACCCAGGAUCCUGCAGGGCCAGUGAAGAUGGACCCCUCAACAGCAGGGCCAUCUCCCCUUGGAGAUACGAGUUGGACAGAGACUUGAACCGGCUCCCCCAGGACCUGUACCAUGCCCGCUGCCUGUGCCCACACUGCGUCAGCCUCCAGACGGGCUCCCUCAUGGAUCCUCUGGGCAACUCGGAGCUGCUGUAUCACAACCAGACCGUCUUCUACAGAAGGCCAUGCAAUGGCAAGCGACAGACCCACAGUGGCUAUUGCCUGGAGCGCAGGCUCUACCGGGUCUCCUUGGCUUGUGUGUGUGUGCGGCCCCGUGUGAUGGCCUAG